CAUCGCGGUUGCACGUCCGACUCGUGUUCAGCGCAUCCGUGGAAGGCCAAGACUGCGUCGUUUACAGAUUCUUCAAACCCCGCUUCGACCUGAUGAUCCGCGAGGCUUAGGAAGCCUGUCAAUUGGACGAACCCGCCGCAGCUUGUUGCCCCGGACAGGACCUAGACUUUGACGCCUAAAAAAAGGAAGGGAAAAAAAACUUCCCAUGACGCCAUUCAACAUCGAUCCCCGGUCUCCAGAUCAUGUCUUAAAUGUCCACAUUUCUGGACCCUCUUCUCCCUCUCUCUCUUUCCGUUCCUACCUUCUCCAUAUAAAGGGAUCGUCUUCCCCGCAAAAAGUUUCAAAAAAUUACAUCCAAACCCUGCCUUCACAAUGCCAAUUAAGUCGCCGUUCGAGUCAUCCAUCGCGAAGCCCGGUCAAGGCACCGUUGUCCUCUCGCUGCUUCCUCCCUCAAAUCCGACCUUAACGACCUUGACCUACAAAUACCCCUUGAAGCUCCUCACACGUGCCCCAGGCUAUGUCCCGCAAUCGUCCGCCCUGUCGUGUCCUACCUCCCGACCCGUUCACCUCUACCUUCUUACCUACGGCGGAGGUCUUCUCCCGGGAGACCACAUCGAUGUGUCGAUCACGCUAGAACCUCAGACGAGACUUGUUGUCACAACUCCCCAGGGGAGCACCAAGAUCUUCAAGACGGAACCCAACGCCAGCGUCAAGGGACAACGAGGAACUCCCGCGCAUCAAUUGUCCGACAAAAGCCGCCAGUCGGUCGACGUGCAAGUCGGCCGUGAGGCCGCCCUCUGCUACCUACCCGACCCGGCCGUCCCUUACAGAGGAAGCCGGUACGAACAAAUACAAAAAUUCACCGUCGACAGCACCAUAACGAAGGAAUCCAAGCGAAGCAGUCUCUGCAUCCUGGACUGGGUGACACAAGGGCGCAGUUCCCUCGGCGAGAACUGGGAUUUCCACCUGUGGCGCGGGAAAAACGAAGUCUGGGCGGCCGAUGAGAACGGGAAAAAGAAACUACUGCUGCGCGACUCCCUCAUCCUCGAUGACGAGGUGGAUGAGUUGUGCCUGGAGGACGACAACGAAACGCUCAGUCGCAGUGAUCUGAUUCGAGAGCGAACACGGCCCCACGGGGUGGUGGGAACGCUGAUCUUGUACGGGCCUGUUUUCGAACGGCUUGCCACAUUCUUCAUGGACCGGUUUACAUCACAACCGCGCAUCGGCGCUCGCAAUUGGUCCUCGUCCAGUCCUGGCGCCGUGGAGUCGACGCCCAACUAUGACAGCAAAGUCACUUUCACGGCGGCGCGUGUGCGCGCCGGAUUCGUCCUGGUCAAAUUUGGAGCAAGCGACUUCGAAACUGCCAAGGAUUGGCUAGGCAAUAUCCUGCGCGAGGAGGGCACGGUUUUCAAUGAAUUCGGCGAGGAGGCUUUGUUCUGUCUAUGAAUGAAUGCUCCUGUUCUUUUAUGCAUGUAUACCAUUUAUACCCACUCGUCUCACUCGUCUCCAAUUCGGAGAUACCAUCCAAACUCCCUUUUGACUUUUUUUGACGCAGUGAACAAGAAGAAAGGGGAACGUGAGGAUAACAAAAGCUGCAUGGUUGAGUUGAGUUUCUCAACCAUAUGAUACCCAAAAUCAUUUCAUUUCGGGCGUUUGAUUACUGUGUAACCAGCCACACAUAUUGCAUCAGGAUAUCAUAUCAUAU